AUGCUGCUGUUCAGGAAGGACAAGACUGCCAAGGCCCCGCCAAAGAUUCAGACACCUCCAAAGGAGCCCGCUCCAGCCCCCCCUCCACCGUCGAGGCAGUCCAUGCCACCUCCGCGUAGGGAAGUUGUUCACCAUUCGACCCUUCUACUUCUCGACAAAUUCGAGCUUCCCCAACAGCCUCGCGGAUAUUGGGACAACAAAGAGGUCUUCGAGACACCGUCCAGCAAGGAUGAGCACUCGCGACGCACAGUGUUUGACCCCGAGAGCAGUGCUCGUCCUGUGCAGAACCGCUACAGGAGGGAAAUCAGGGUGCGCAAGGAGGAGCGUGAGGCGCGCAGUCUACAGGAGGGAUGGCUGGAGGGACCCGGAGAGCAAGUUGUCCAGGUCCUCGAGGAGUUGGAGGAUACCAACAACGAUCUGAGAGAUGCGGGCCGAUGGGAAAAUCAUCUGAUGGUGAAGCGCGAGAUGAGGAUUGCGAAUGCUCGCAGCAGUUGGUUCGGGAAGGAGGCGGAGGAUGAGAGGACGUGCAGGAUGGCGGUCGAGGCGGCGCUGAGGAGUGUCAGGCAUCCAGCAUGGACUGUCGAGUUCGAACCACAGACUCCGGAACAGCUGGACUCUUCGGCGCGUUCCAUCAGAGCGGAGCGCAGGAUUUCCACGUCGUCGAUCAUGACCAUGGGGUCGCUGGCGCCGAGCAGGGAAAACCGACUUUCGAUACUCUCGACGACCACUAGCAGGACCACCCCUCGAAGCUCGAUCAUGAGCAUGACGCAGGCGUCGACCGCCUCCUCGCCGAUAAGCUCCGGUAUGCCGAGUCCCACGUUUAGCACCGCGAGCGGUAAGGGUGGUUUCUGGAAGGGGACUUCGGCGGGCUCGCCGACAACCGAGCAGCCGAAUCCGAUCGCUCUGCCACCACCCGCUUUAACCCACUAG